CUCUGAAGCCGGUCACCCUCUCCAGCGGUGCACGACUCUCCGCGGGAUAUUGGCUCUGCAUGCCCGGGCCAGCCUUUAUGCAGGCGGAUAUGCACUGCCUCCACGCGCUCACCUUCAACGGCUUGCGGUGCGUAGAUUCGACCCCCUUUGACAAGGAGGACAUGGCUCCAAGCGAAACUUUGCAACACAAGCCAUCUAAACCAAUGGAUGUGGGGCAUGCCUUUCACGUUUGGGGCACUGGAAGAAUGGCAUCGUGAGAAUCUUCUAUCAUUGUUCCGAGCGCAGAUCUGAC